AUGUCUGACAACGCUGGAGAGCUGCUGAAAAGGCCCUUAUAUGUCUUUGGCCUGCCCCAAGAGCUACUCGUGACUCUCCACCUCAAAGAUCCCACUGUCUUACCUCCUCCGAUCGAAAAUCCUCCACAACCCUCUAAAUGCACAUCAGAAAAUAAUGUAGGAAGCCCAGGCGGGGAAACAAAGCUCUCGACAACGUGUCAGCUUUGCAGAACGUCCCUUUCAAAUGUACAAGAGCAGCGCCUACAUGUCAAAUCGGACUGGCACAAUUACAACCUGAAGCAGAAGGUUAGAGGCGCACAGUCUGUCUCGGAAAAUGAGUUCGAAAAGCUGGUUGAUGAGUUGGACGAGAGUAUAUCUGGGUCGGGAUCGGAGUCCUCGGAGUCUGAAGCUGAUGGCGAGGGAGCAAAAGAGAGCACCUUGAGUGCAUUGCUAAAGAAGCAAGCUAAGCUUGGCCAUCCGAGUUCACAGGCAGAGUUCAUGCCCAAGAAGCGCAAAAGAGGCUCCGACAAACCUCCACUGAUAUGGUUCUCGACCUCUCUACUCCCAACCAAUAUUUCUCUGGGCAUCUACAGAGCGCUCUUCACAAAUCCAGAACAAGAACAGCCUGAUACAGUUGCCGUAAUUCGCAAAAAGCAACUCCGAUCUGUCCCCGCAAAGCCUCCGCCUGCCGAUGGCUCAAAUGGUGUACCACUCCCCUCCACCAUGACCAGUCCGCAAAUCUUCCUCUGCAUGAUUGGUGGCGGUCACUUUGCUGGCAUGGUCGUCUCCCUCGCCCCCAAACUCGGGAAACAAUCUACAGGAAUUGAACAGCGUCAACCGCUCGUGAUCGCUCAUAAGACCUUCCACCGCUAUACGACUCGCCGCAAACAAGGCGGCGCGCAAUCUGCCAACGACUCCGCUAAAGGAGCUGCUCAUUCUGCUGGCUCUUCUUUACGUCGAUACAAUGAAGCUGCUCUUGAGCAAGAGAUCCGAGCGCUCUUAGCAGAAUGGAAAGUUCUAAUUGGCGCCUCUCAACUAAUCUUCGUCCGUGCAACUGGCAGCUCAAAUCGGCGUAUACUAUUUGGGCCUUAUGAGAACCAAGUUCUGCGGCAAAACGAUGCAAGGAAUCGCACGUUCCCGUUCAGCACAAGACGUGCUACACAAGCCGAAUUGAUGCGUGCAUUCGUCGAAAUCACUCGCGUCAAAGUCAGCGAGGUUGACGAAGCCGCUCUCGCUGUAGCAGCUGCUGCUGCUGCACAAUUAGAGGCUGACCGCGCAGCGUCCCAAGCAACAGCUCCUGUUCUACCAGCUAAAGCUAAGCCCUCAAGAGAAGAAGAAGCAGCCAGCCUCCACACUACGCAGCUACAGGCUCUGAUUCGCCGCUCCAAAGUGCCUGCUCUCCUUUCCUACCUCGUGACCAACUCGCUCUCCCCCCACUUUCUUUUCUACCCUCCCUCCACGCAAGCACACCAUCAUGCUUCUACGCCUCUGCAUCUAGCUUCCUCUAUCAACAGCCCAGCAAUUGUGCUAGCGCUACUAACAAAAGCGGGAGCUGAUCCUUCGGUAGUCAACAUGGAGGGGAAGCCUGCCUUUGACUUAGCUGGGGACAGAGGAACUAGAGACGCCUUCAGAGUCGCGCGCAGCGAACUCGGAGAGGGCAAAUGGAACUGGGAUACAGCUCACAUCCCUGCUCCCUUGUCAAGAGCUGAGGCUGAUAAGAGGGAAGAAAGUGAACGUGCGGAAGCUGGCAAAGCUGAGCUGGAGAGGAGGAAGGCCGAAGAAGAUCGAUUGAGACAUGAGGUCAGAGUGGUAGAGAACGGCUCGAAAAAGGGUGGAAGAGGGCUAGGGGCCACGGAGAAGACAGUCGAAGAGCGCCGGGAGGAAGACGGCAGAGGCAUGACACCUCAGAUGCGCAUGAUGGUAGAGCGGGAGAGGAGAGCCAGGGCAGCGGAGGCGAGACUUGGAGGAAGGUAG